GACUUAUAAAAGUCCUAAAACUGCAUCGCUUUAAUUUUCCCAAUUUGGCCUGUUUCCCGCUCCGCCGGAGCUUCUUCUUGCAACUGUAACCGUCUUCUUGGGGGAAGAUUCGUACGUCCGGCGUCGCUGACGGCGAGGAAUUCGCCCGCCCUUCUGCUUCGGCACCGGCGGCCGUUUUGCGUGCUGCUGCCGCUUCUCCGCUAAUCUCGUCAGAUCGCGUCUCCGGCCUCCUCCUUUCUCCGGCGACCAGUUCGCCUACUUUGAGGGUAUGGCACACCUGGAUGCCGUAGAUUUAGAUAUGGAACAAUCUUCAGCCAACACUGUUGCCAGGAAGCCUCGAAUAUUACUUGCCGCUAGUGGAAGUGUUGCUGCUAUCAAAUUUUCAAAUCUAUGCCAUUGCUUUUCUGAAUGGGCAGAAGUUAAAGCUGUUGCUACGAAGUCGUCCCUGCACUUCAUAGACAAACCUUCUCUUCCAAAGAAUGUUGCUCUAUACACUGAUGAGGACGAAUGGUCUGGAUGGCAGAGGAUAGGUGAUAGUGUGCUACACAUUGAGCUUCGCCGGUGGGCUGAUAUCAUGGUUAUUGCUCCUUUGUCAGCAAACACACUUGCCAAGAUUGCUGGUGGAUUGUGUGAUAACCUGUUGACAUGCAUAGUGCGGGCAUGGGACUACAGCAAACCGCUUUUUGUUGCGCCAGCCAUGAACACAUUCAUGUGGACCAAUCCAUUCACCGAACGACAUCUCAUGGCACUUGACGAGUUUGGCAUUUCUCUCAUCCCUCCGGUGUCAAAGAGGCUCGCGUGUGGAGAUUAUGGGAACGGAGCCAUGGCCGAACCCUCUCUCAUCUUCACCACGGUAAGGCUCUUAUUUGAGUCCCGCCUACAGGCUGGCAGUAACUCGGAUUGAACAACUUCUCGUGCUCGUGUUCAUAGUGGGAAUUUAUGCAAAUGUUGUGAAAAGGCUGUGUGAUCUUCAAAUCUUUCAUUUGAUACUCCAAGCAAUUUGAUAUGGAUUUAUUGUAACCAAUGACAAGUGUGUAGUGGCAUGGAAUUAGCACACUGGAGACUUGAAUGUGAAGUA